UCGUAUGAUGAUGAUCUUUUCUUAUUUUCUGAGUUGGGAUCCCACACGCCCUCUCGCCCUCUCGCUCGCACACCUGCCCGAAGUCCGGCCACAUAUCCGCUAUAGCCGAUCGGGCGAUUCAGUCUCCUCGCGAUGCUCUGGCGUGAUCUUUGCCAAUCCGAUACGAUCCCACCUUUGUCUCGCUCUUUUCACAUUUCGGGUGUGUGUGUGUGCUGUUAAACAUAAUUUUUUUGUAUUUUUUUUUAUGCGAUGUAAAAAAUUACCACUUUAAAUAUAUGUGAAAUAAGAUGCAAUACAUUUUGUAGAUCAAAGUAUCUGAUAAAUCAAAUGAGUGUUUAAAAAUUAUAAUAAAGAUCAUUUCAUAAAAAAUUUGUAUAAAACUUAAAAGUUCUUAUUAAAAUUGAAGUAAAGAGCACACUACUAAGAAAAUUUAAUUUUAACAUUGAUACAGAUUUAUAUUUCAAAUAUGUACUGCAAAAGUAUGGAAAAUUUUAAAAUGAAAUCCCAUAAAAAUAUGUGAAAAUGUUUGAAUAACAUUAAUUAAUACUCAGUACCCAAACACACAAAAGCAUCUUUAAUUGAUGGAUUUGCUGGCAUGACCAAAAUAUAAUUAGCAGCAAAACAAAGUCGGCGAAAAUCACCAGCCAACAAAACAUUAAAACAACUCGAUUAUUCCAGUGGGCGUGGCAGUGGGCGUUUGUGGAUGUGUGUGUUUGUUUUGGCUGCUGACAAAAGUGCAAUUGGAAUCGGAUCCGAGUGGAGAAUCAGAAAAUCGGGGAAAACGCAACCGAUACGGGCCAAACUCAAGUGGCCAGGAUAGGCGGCUAAAAGGAGGCGGAGGAGGCUGAGGAGGCGGGCGGGGAAGGCGUGGCAGGACCUCUGUCAGUGGCGACAAUGGAGGUGGCAGCGACGCUGGGAAAUGCGACUGUUGGCGAAAUGUUUUCGGAUGCGGAUAUGGCGGAAGUGCGGCAUGUUGUCCAACGCAUUUUGGUGCCGUGCGUUUUUGUUAUUGGACUAUUGGGAAAUUCAGUGAGCAUUUAUGUUUUGACGCGAAAGCGCAUGAGGUGCACCACGAACAUUUAUCUAACGGCUUUGGCCAUCACGGACAUUGCGUACCUGACCUGUCAAUUAAUCCUAUCACUCCAGCACUACGACUACCCCAAGUACCACUUUGAAAUUUACUAUCAAUUGUUUGGCUAUUUCGUCUGGCUGUGCGACAGUUUCGGUUACAUCUCGAUUUACAUAGCCGUGUGCUUCACCAUCGAGCGAUUCAUAGCGAUACGUUAUCCGCUCAAGAGACAAACAUUCUGCACGGAAUCGCUGGCCAAGAAGGUGAUAGCAGCCGUGGCUCUCUUUUGUCUGCUGUCCACGCUCUCGACGGCAUUCGAGCACACAAUUACGGUCGGUUAUAAGCUGAUUGAUGACGCCUACCAGCCGUGCAACCUAACGGAGGCCAACAUCUCGCCCACGCCCCCGGCCCCGCCCUUCGCCGUGGCCACGCCCCCACUGGCCACGCCCCCGCGGCCCACGCCGGCGACCAUUUCGCAGGACUUCACCACGGAGUCGACGACCGCCGGUAGCUCCAAUCUGCUCGUCGACUGGGGAAGUGGCAGCGGCGAUGGAGAACCAGAUAACAUUCCACGACAUCGCCGGCACUGGCAGUCAUCUGGAUUUGUGACGCUUCCCAAUUUGAGGAAAACGCUGGAGGAACAGGAUCAGGAUCAGGAGGUGGAAGAAGGAGAGCAGGGGUCAAGGGUCACCGAGAGUUUGCUGCAGUUGUUGCGUCGCAAGCGAAACAACAACAUCAACAACACGGAUGCAUUCGCAUUUAAUGUAACGGAAUACUGUCAAAAUGUGACUAUUUACAAUCAUGGAACUUCGGCGCUGGCCAACGAUGAGCUGUAUAGUAAUCUGUGGAAUUUGUUUACACUGCUGGUUUUCGUAGUGUUUCCCCUACUUUUAUUGGCCACCUUCAACUCAUUUCUCAUUCUACUGGUGCAUCGUUCGAAGAGUCUGCGUGGGGAUCUGACCAACGCGAGUAGCAUAAGGCGAACAAAACGUAAAUCAAACUCCGGGCUAAAAGGCAGCGUAUCGCAGGAAAAUCGAGUGACGAUUACAUUAAUUGCGGUGGUGCUAAUGUUCAUAGUUUGUCAACUGCCUUGGGCUAUUUAUUUGGUACUAUCCCAGUACAUGAACUUCCAACUGGGAACUCAGGUUGUGGCGGGAAAUGUGUGCAACCUUCUGGCCUCUUUACAUGCAGCCUCCAAUUUUUUCUUAUACUGUGUGCUGUCCGAUAAAUAUCGAAAGACGGUGCGCGAACUAAUUACAGGAUAUCGCUAUAGGCGUCGACACAUCCGGAAUAACACGAGUCUUUAUGUGCCCCAAACGACGACUACACUGACCCAAAUAAAUGGUGACCACUAUGGUAGUAAUUAUGGCGGAGCUGGGAGUCGUCGGAGUCGCAAUACAAGUCGCCUGAUAACGUAAAUAGCCGAGGAUAUAUGCUAUUAUAUAUUAAAUAUGCUGGUUGAGCUCCAUGAGAAGCGUUGAGCUUCCGAAUCGCAGGACUAAAAAGGCUUUAAAUUUGCCAGCAAAUCACAGGGAAUCACAAGUGACUCGGUUUCGAAUCACAAGUGAUUCGGUUUCGUAUCAAACGUGAUUCGAUUCAAGCGUGAUAAGCAGAAAAUUGAAUUUGUUAUAUCAAUCGAUAUCUAUGUAUAUCGCUCUCUUUAUAUAUAUAUUUAUAUAUACUACAUAACAUACAUUGUGCCAUAAUGUGAUGAUUAUAGAUUUAUGCUAGUUAACCUAAACGUAAUUGUUGUCCUAAGUACUAAACGCAUCAAAUCAAAUACACGCAAUACACACACACACAAAUAAACAAAGAGAGUUUGCUAUUAGCCCGUCCCACAGGGCGUAUGAAUAACCCACCGAUGCAUAUUAAUUUGGUGCGCCACGUAUCGCUGAAUAUCGGGGGUCCGCAGUCAAAUGUCCUGCAAGACUGCGGCUGGCCAAAAAGGACAAAGGCCGGUGGAAAAAAAACUGGGAGCCAAUGAAGCAACAGGAAAGGAAACAGAACAUUCUAAUUGCCAAAGUCGACGUUUCAAGUUCUCUUUAGCAAAAGAGCUUAAUUUAUAAUUAUUUUUUUUGUAUUUGAAUUAACGUAGACAAAUGUAAGACAUUUAAAGAAGAAAGUAAGAUUGUUAUAUAUUAUAUUAUAUUUAUUAUGAUCUAGAUGAUCUAUACACAAAAA